AUGCAUAAAAGUAAGGCAUUGUGCAAAUUGCCGGCGUCCCGGGACUCGACGGCCUCGGCCUUUUGGUUAAUCCUUAUUAAAGCGAACAAUUUCGGCAAGCCGGAAACGGAUGUACUUAACGUUUUUUAUGCCGUUGCGGAUUUCGGCGGCCCUUUGUGCAAUAAAAUCGUUUACAAAGCAUUAGCUAUUACGCUAAUCGGUGCAAUACGCUUAAUAAUGUUUUGGUUAAUGUUACGAACAAUAUUAAAAACGCGAAAGUUAAAACAAAUAAAGUUAAAAACAAAAAUUUUGCCCGUGCCUUUACGUUUAUUAAUUUAA